AUGAAUUAGAUAAAUUAUAGCGAUUACAAUGUUGAUCUCAUUCUUUCCACAGAAAAAAAUACAAAUAAGAGGAAUUUGAUAAAAAUAAAUGGCAAAUACUACUUCCAAAUUCGUAAUAUUUAUGAAGAUAAUUUAGAAAAUAAUGAUGAAGCCAAUUAUUGCGAGGAUAUUUAAAUUGAAGAAAAUGGGUCUUACGCUAAAAUUGUUAGUCUCAAUGAUCUUUACAAUAUUUGCAAAUACUUCUAAUUAAAGGAUGAAGUUGCAGCUGUUCUGAUAUUCCAGUUCCUCAAAUUUUAAAAAAUUGAUGAAAUACUUAUUUUAUUUUUUGAGUAAUCUGAUAAAAAGGAUGUUCUAAAAUUCAUUUAAAAACAUAAUCAUAUGGUGCUGUCAUGA